UCAUCUUGUUUGCUUUGGCCCAGUUGUCUAAUCUGUUAAGGUAAUUUUGAAGUGUGAUCCUGUCCUCUGGGGUAUUACUCAGCCCUCCCAAUUUGGUGUCAUCUGCAAACUUGCUCAGAUGGAGUCCAAGGGCAUUGGGAAGCAUGCAGGUUUCUCACUCCUUGCUGUAAAGAAUUGGCCUUGCUGUAUUGUGAACCAAUGCUUAAGGUCUUAUCUGUUGCACUGUCUUCCUGGCAGGUGGUUAUAGGAGGGGCUGGAGCAUUUAAUGAUUGCCAUGCCCUUUAAAAUGCUAAAUUAUAGCCUCGGGGAGUUUGAUGUCCUCUCCUUGAAUCCUACCGUAUCCUCUGCUCUCUCUCGCACCCCAUGUCAAACUCCAGAUUUUUGAAACCAUCUGUUCCCAUGUAUCAAGAUGUCCCUGGUGGACCUGGGGAAGAGGCUGCUGGAAGCGGCUCGCAAAGGCCAAGAUGACGAAGUCAGGACCUUGAUGGCAAACGUUGGGAACAUCCCCUCUUCACCUGGCAGCUCAGCAUGGCCACUAUUCCACGGCGGAAGUCCUGCUCCGAGCGGGAGUGAGCAGAGACGCACGGACCAAGGUGGACAGGACCCCGCUGCACAUGGCGGCCGCUGACGGGCACUCGCACAUCGUGGAGCUCCUCAUCAGGAACGGUGCCGACGUGAACGCCAAGGACAUGCUGAAGAUGACGGCGUUGCACUGGGCAACGGAGCAUAACCACCGCGACGUUGUUGAGCUGCUCGUCAGGUACGGGGCCAACGUGCACGCCUUCAGCAAGUUUGACAAGUCUGCCUUUGACAUCGCGCUGGACAAGAACAACCCAGAGACCUUGUUGAUACUGCAGGAGGCAAUGCAAAACCAGGUCAACACCAACCCCGAGAGAGUGAACCCGGUCCCAGGCUCCGUCACCGUGGGCCAGCCGUUUAUUUUGGCCUCAGGGGACAUGAUGAGUCUCGCCAGCAUCGUCUCCUCAGCAGGCACCAAAACAACCUCAGGCGAUUCCCACAUUUCCACAGUGCAGUUUCCAAACUCAACAACCUCAGUCCUCGCCACGCUGGCAGCCAUCGCAGAAGCCUCUGGCCCACUUUCCAACUCAAACAGAGCCCCCGCGUCUGAGGAAACAGUGGACUCCAGCUCUGCCAAUUCCCCCCUCCAGCACGUGGUCAGUGGCGGGGGCCGGCGGAUUAUCACGAUCAUGACUGACGGCGUCCAUCUGGGCAACCUCCAGGCGGCCCUUCCCAGUGGGGCCCUCGGCCAGCCCUUCAUUGUGACGAUGCAGAAUGGGCAGCAAGUCCUCACAGUGCCUGCUGGUCAGGUCGCAGAAGAAACCAUCAUCGAGGAGCAAAGUGACAGCGAUCACCACAUAGCAGAGGAGGAGGAGGAGGAAGAGCCCCCUGCCAAGAAGAUCAAGGUGGAGGAAGUUGCAGAUGACCUGGAAGAAAGCAAGGACAGCCGCGAGAGGGAGAUUUUGCAGCAGCAGCUGCAGGAAGCCAACCGCCGUGCUCAGGAGUACCGCAGCCGGCUGAUGAAGAAGGAGCUGGAGGCCGAGGGGUACCGGCAGAAGCUGGAAGCCAUGGACAGGCAGCAGGCCAACGGGACAGAAGAGGUGGUGGAGGACGAUGGCGAAGGCCAGGUGGUCAGCUCUGCCGCCGUGUCAGAGGAGGAAGCCGUCAGCUCCACGGUGGACCUGGAACUCCCGACCGACGUCGCAGUGGAGACGGUCAGCACCUCGUAACCCGUCAGGUCUCCCUUUCGCUUACUUUCUUAAAAUAGGAAAAUCAACAGGAUUAAAACUUGCCUGGGAAAGGGUAGAGCAGAGAGAAGGAAGCCACACCCCUCCCUCCAAAAAAAACUCUGGACAAAAGUCCUUUUGUGGGAGACAGUUCCCAGGGGGGACGGGACAGACAACCCCUGCCUCUCCUGUCGGUUGUCCUCGUUCCCCCCCCCCUUUCAGAACAGGGCUUUAAGCACACACAGCCAUAAAAUAAAUGCCUUUUUUAUAAUCUCCCUAGCCGUUCAGAGAGAGAUAUUUUUGUUACUGUCGCCCAGAAGCCCUUUUUAUAAGCCGCCAGCAAGUGACCUAAAGCACCAAACCAAACCUGACCCUUUUUACAAGGGUGAGGCAGCCUUACUGUCAUGGUGCCAGCCCUCUCUAGCAUGGAGUGGGAAUGCUGAUGUGUGCAGCCCAGUUUCUUGGGGGGCCGGAGGCAGAAAACAGGAGCAGAUCCACAGGACGUCCCGCCCCCCUGCCAAAGGGCCCCAGUUGCUGAAGGACCCUGCGUGCAAAUUGACAGGAGGCAGCCACUGUUCUGUUUCCUGAGGCCUUGACAACCGUGGGUGUGACGAAGGCAGGCUCGCCUUUUAGAAACACGGGCAGCGGCUUUUGUCAAAAGUAUUGCCCUGGGUGCCAAGUCUCUGAUUUGCCCUCUCUGUACCUCCUGGGGGACGAGGGGGAGGGAUAUUAGCCUUGGGAGAGGUGCCCUUGAAUUCCAGUCGUGCCUCUCACUUAUCUGGCUGGAGGGGCCUGUGUGUGUGUGUGUGAGAGAGAGAGAGAGAGACUGUACAAACUAGCCUUAUUAGAUUACAAAAUGUAGAAAUCCACGCCCGUUGCUCCACCCACUAUCUUCUCUGGCCCUGCACACCUCUGCCAGGCGGCCCCCAGAAGAUGAGGAUGCGGCCCCUGGGCUGCAGAAGCUUCCCUGGCCCCCGGCAUAAGCCUGCCUGCCUGUGCCUUGUGAGAUUUGCGGAUAUACCUCUGGCUCAGGGAUGGGGGGAUGUCUGCAGCCCUUCUGGAUGCUCCUAGGCCACAAGCUGCACCCUCCUGUCCUUGUCCCCCAUCCUAUUCUGACCGGGGUUGGUGGGACUUGGAGUCAACCUGUGGAAGGCUGCAGAUGCCGUUUCUCCCCUUGCUGCCCCUCCAGGCUUGCUCUUUGGUCUAUGCAGGCCUUUGAGAUAUUCAGCUUUCAGAAGGACCCCAAAGACUCCCGCCCUUGUUUGUCUCCCUUCCCCCUUGUGCCCCCAGCCAUUAGUUCCACCCAGAAUAUAACAUGUACCGUAUUUUUCCGUCUAGAAGACGUCCCCAUGUAUAAGACGCCCCCUAUUUUGGGGGACUCAAAUUUAAGAAAUGGGGAGAGAUGGCCCCGUGUAUGAGACGCCCCCAAUUUUUUGACAUUAUUUGUAAAGGAAAAAAACUAGUCUUAUACACGGGAAAAUACGAUAACUCUUAACAACUAGGCCAAUAUUUUAAAGGAAAGGAAAGAGCCACCCCAUUGACCCUCCUCUCGCAAACCUAGCAGGUGUGGGGCUUCCGGGUCUGUUCCCUUUGGACUGCAAAGCCACUGUGCGGCUAAAGCAGGCUUAAUUUCAAAAGGUGCAUUUAUUUAUAUUUGCCAUAGCUCUCUAUAUUUUUAAAAUAUAUAUAUAUGUCUGUAUGUAUAUAACUGGUCGCAGUCCAGUUUCCAGGGUUUUUUUCAUGCCUGUGAGGACUAGAACCACGUUUUUUUAAAAAGAAAACAACCCCAAAAACUGUAUUCAGGUUGACAUCCAUCUAUCUGCUCUGCUGUCUGUUGCACUUGAUGCCUUAGGGACCGGAUGGAAAAGCUCCCAUUGCUAUCCCUGACAGUUGGCCACACAGGAUUCUGGGAGUUGAAGCCCAGCAUUGUAGGGGGGGACCUAGCUUGCCCCCCCUGCUAUUAUAAAAUAAAAGUGGGAACUGUAGGGGAACCAGUUAGCCUCUGAUAACAGCCCUUGAUGUCGCUCGCAUCUCCCUGGUUUUGGGGUGUGUGUGUGUGUGUCCAAGGGUGGGUUGAAAGGGAACCAGCAACUGCACACCUGUAGGAACAUAAGAAGAACUCUGCAGGAUCAGGCCGGUGGGAGCCCACCUGGCCCAGCACCCUGCUCUCACAGUGGCCAAAUGCCCCAAGGAACCUAAGGACCUAGGUAGACUGUCUCUGGGUCUGGAGGUUCCAUAAGAACGUACAGAGAGCCCAGCUGUGCAGGAUCAGGCCAAAGGCGACCCAUCCCGUCCAGCACCCUGUUCUCACUGUGGCCAGGUGCCCCAACGUGAAGCCUGCAAGCGGGACGUGAGCAUGGCAUCAACAACAAACUCCCUGCUUGUGAUCCUUGCGGGGCUUUCGUUACUUCAAAAGGACAAUGGGCGAGGCUGAUUGUCAGCUUCAGCAGCUGAAGUGCCUCAUUACCCAGAACAGAGGUUGCCAACGGGGACGGGUUUUUGCUGGGCUGCAGCUCUCAGCAUCCCUGACGGUUGGCUGUGCUGACGGGGGAUGAUGGGAGUCCCAACACCCUCUGCAGGAGCACCUGAGCAGCUGCUCAGACUUUAGAAUUUGAAGAAGCGAGGGGUCCAUGGCAGAGCAUCAGAGCAGCUGCCUUGCGUGCAGAAGGUCCCAGGCUCCAGCCCCUGAGGCACCCCCAGCAAGGGCUGGAAAGACCUACCUGAAAGCCCAGAGAGCUGCUGCCGGUCAGUGCAGACAGUGCUGACGUUUGCGGCCCAAUGAUCUGCAUAAGUCAGCUUUCCACAUUCCUAAGAUUUUCAGGGAUAGCUUAUGAAAGCAAAUGUCGGGGAUAUCAGCAACUGAGAAUCGAUGAUUUUGGUGGGGCAGGUUAAACACACUUUUUUGCAGGGUUGUUGUUAAACCUGUUUAGGUUACAUUUCUAAGAGUUCUCCACUGAGCUAGAGAUGUCCGGAUGUGCUGUUGAAUCCCUGGGGCAAGCUGUGGGCUUCUCCAUUCCUCCCAAGAGAGGGAGGAAAAUCAGGUGUGCAAAGGAUCACAGACACACAACCCCCCCCCCCCCAAGAAAUGGAGACUCCCUCUCACAACACCUGCCACUAGGGCGAGAUUUAUACCCUGCAUUUAAAAUACUGCAAUAUCACUUUAAGCAGCCAUAGCUUCCUCUGACAAAUCCUGGGAGCUGUGGUUCGUUGUGGGUGCUGAGGGUUGUUAGGAGACACCCCCCCCCCAAA